AUGGAAGCCAAUGCUUCCAUCCCUCUGAAUGGAUCAGAAGUGUUGUUCUAUGAAUCUACCAGCUCCACAGUUCUAUGGAUCAUCUUAGUCAUAGUCCUCUCCAUAACCUUUAUCCUUGGUGUGCUAGGUAAUGGGCUUGUGAUUUGGGUGGCUGGGUUCAGGAUGACCCACACUGUGACCAGCAUCUGUUAUAUGAACUUGGCUCUGAGUGACUGCUCUUUCAUGGCUACACUACCACUCCACAUCAUCUCAAUGAUCAUGAGAGGAAAAUGGCUUUUUGGUUGGUUCCUCUGCAAAUUUGUUCACAGCAUUGUACACAUAAAUCUUUUUGUAAGUGUGUUCUUGAUCACUCUUAUUGCUACAGAUCGGUGUAUUUGUGUCCUGCAGCCAGUAUGGUCUCAGAAUCACCGAACUGUGAGUCUGGCCAGGAAAGUGGUUGUUGGAGCUUGGAUAUUUGCUCUGCUCCUUACCUUGCCACAUUUUCUCUUCUUGACUACAGUAAGAGACGCAAGAGGGAACAUGUAUUGUACAUGUAACUUUGAAUCCUGGGUUGCAAACCAUGAAGAACAAUUCAAAGUGUUCUUUACUGUGAACACAGCUGCAGGAAUCAUCAGCUUUAUUAUUGGUUUCAGCCUGCCAAUGUCCUUAAUUGCCAUCUGCUAUGGACUCACUGCCAAGAUCUGCAGAAGCAGCUUUGUGAAUUACACCCGUCCUUUACAUGUCCUCACCUCUAUAGCAGCUUCCUUUUUUGUCUGUUGGUUCCCUUUUCAAUUGAUUAUGCUUUUAGGCAACAUCUGGAAAAAGGAAACACCAGAAAGCAUUCACAAACUGGUGAAUCCAGCAAGCAGCUUGGCCAUCUCCAACAGCUGCCUCGAUCCAAUACUCUAUGUUUUCCAGGGUCAAGAAUUCAGAGACAGAUUGGUCCAUUCCUUGUCUGCCAGUCUAGAGAGGUCUCUGAGGGAAGACUAG